UUUGGCCCCAGGGUUGCUAUAGCAUGAGUUGCUAUUACAAAGGAUUGGGACGGCAAUUGUUAUCUACUGCUGGGAAAUUGAGCUCUGAGGAAGGUAGCCGGAUCACUUAGCCCCCUGCCAUUCAACACAUCAGUAUCUGGUAGCUUGGUUCAAACGGUAUUAGCUGGUGGCUCAGCUCUUAUAUUGAAAUCAGCGAAGAAUUGGUGAGAGGUGAGGCUUUGGCAAUUUCAAUGAUACAAGGCACUUCCAUACCCAGGCAAUGGUUGAAAAGCUGGUACUUUCUUUCCCUAGCUUUAAACCUAUCCGAUGGGGGAAAUAAUGACGUAAAAUCGAAGUAACUCAGCCAUUAUAUAUAUCAUUUGCGUGAUCAUUGAACCUUCAACACACCUUUGCAAGCAAGCGUACAUGCAUUAAAAUUGUAAUUCCCUCAACCCUUCCCCUUCCACAUAUUCCUGGCCAUAACACUCCCUCUUCACAGACUCUACGAUCUCUCUAUCACCCCCUGCCAGCUUCCCCAGAUACUCUUCCAGCACAUAAAUAUUAUCCGUCCACAUCUCCGCUUCCUCCUUCCACCUCUUAAUAUCCGCCUCCUUCAUCUCAAUCCCGCCACCAGCGGCCCCAUUCAAGUACCUCUCCUCCUCUGCCCUCAAACAUGCUACCUCCGCCUCCCCAUCCACCUUCCUACUCAUCAACUCCCCCCUCUCCCUAUCCUCAUCCCCUUCACAGCCCCCAAUCUCACUAAGCGCCACUUUCUUCUUCUCCUCCAGCUCCGCCACAGCUCUCUUCAGUUUCUCCAGUUCUUUCACGAGGCCAUGCUUAGCUUUUUCCUUCUCCUUUAGCUCCUCCCCCGCCCAUGCCCAGUACCAAUUCCCGCUUCCGAUCUUCUCGACGUGUAACUUGCCGUCGUCGGUUAGGGCUUGGAUGUAGUCCUUCACUUGCAUGCCGUUUAUGGACGCGACGGAAGGGAGACAUUUCUCAAGAUCUUUGAGCGUGUGGCAUGUACGUGAUGCGCGGAGGUGGUUGAGAAUUAGCUGCUGUUUGGCUGCUGGAGGGAGGGAUUUUGAGGGUGCCUUUAAUAGCGGGUUAGUUGAUACCGUGCUGCAGAGAUAGAAGGGAAACCUAAAAUCUAGUACAAUGCGAUAUACUUAGAUUUGUAGGGAGCUGGAGGAUCUAAUACCAUGAUUGUGAUCAGGUUGAUACGAGCCUCGAAACUUUGUCCAGAGGAUAUACAAGCGGUAGAUGACGACGCCUUCUCCGGGAUAAUUUAAAUAUUGGAUAUUGGACUCUCGAGAACUGAAACUAUUUGCCUGGAAAUUUAUGAAAGAGUCAUAGUAUUAGGCAAAUGAUACAGUUGAUUGGGUUCAGAAUGGAAGUAAGCGGAGGGAUCUUCCUUGGCAAGGUUGAGACACGCUCUCUCUCCCUCCCCCUUUUCGCGAAUGGCGCAAGGCCACAGAGUAGCAAACAAUGAAGGAGUCUUUGAUGGCCAGCUGAGUCAACUAUACACUCCGAAGCCCAAGCUUCUAUUUAUCUUAUUUCAAGGCAUGCAGCUACAGAUCAAGUACUUGCGUAGUAGCUAUUGCGAAACCUCAAGAGUUUAAGUGGAUAUAUAUAUAUGUCUUGUCUUCGGACUCGUUUAUGAGGAGCCAAAUAGAUUCAUCCCAAGAUGUAAGAAACAGCCAUCUAUCUCUAAAAGCUUGAUUGGUAGGGGAAUUCAGAAGAGCUAAAGAAAAGUGGUCAUAAAGGAGGAAACUUUUCCUUUCGAUAUUCAAACAUUUACUCGUACACUCGUACGAUAUUUCGCUCUUUGGUUAGGCAUGGAAGGAAAUAACAUGAUCGGUUAUGGGAUUGGCAGAGAGAAUAAAUGGCCAUAAAUAGCAAAUCAACAAGCGCAUGAUGCCCAAGCAGGAGCAUUAACCAGUAUAAUGCUGAAACUCGAAGAGAAAUUGGGAAAAAGAAUCAAUGCCGAUAGUAUAGCACCAGAUAUAGGUGAAAUCACCGGAUCAAGGCCAGGGAAAUGCACCAAAAUGGAGGAAAAUAUAAUCCAAAACCCGGAAGGACGCCCUUUAACGUUGAAAUAAAAAAAACGGCAUGUUUUAUCUAGCCGAUCCCCAGCGUCCAACGCCCGAUGCACCAUCACUUUGUCCGAGUGCUCUCUUAGUUUCAGAAGUUGAUACACGUUAAAGAUAAACGUCAGAAAAGCGAAAUCAUCGUUGUCGUAAGGCCAUCGAUUUAUACGAACACCGUAAGUUUAUCGAAAGGGUUUUUUGACCGCACGCGCUUGGAUUCCAACCACAGAAAAAUAUCAUUGUAAUAAUGUGACGUCUCACUUGUCCACGAAAUAGCAAAACUAUUAGCAAACGUUUUUUUCCCUACUCUGAGAGCAAUGGGAACCAUAUGUAACCAUUCCGGCUGAUUUUGAACUUACCGGAUACUCCUUGAAGGGAUUAAGGCAUCUGCGCCCCAAGACUGCAGAGCAGUAGCAGGGCCUCGGGCAUUUGUAUGGGUAAAAAUUGCAAUCCCCCGUCUCGCAAGCGUAGUUUGGCCCUACCUUAUUAGGCGAUAGAGAUUCGGGUUUUGCCCAAACACAUACAAUCGUCGCAAAAAUAAACCAAGAUAACAACAUGUUUUUGUGCACUCACUUGGUCGGGUCCUUCUCAGAAUAGAAGCCUAAUAGACAAGAACGGUUAGUUUGAGUUUCGCCAAUACAAUGCAAGGGCAAGGGGAGAUGCACAACCUUUUAACAAGACUUGUAUUGGAGAACUGAGUUAGAGAGGGAAAAUAGAUUGAGGAUAAAUUGGAUAAUGGCAUGGGGAGCAACAUGAUUAUAAAUAUCUGGGUUCAAAACGGACUAUCCCUGGUUCUCGGCCUUCGCGAUUGGCAAUUUCUCAAGGCGGUAUCAAACGACACAAAACGAAGCAUAUGGAUGGUCUAUUCUUAGAGCUGCAGAAGAAAGGGAGCAAAAAAACACUACAACCAAUUGGCAGUCUCGGAGGUUAUGCAAGGCAUGACCUUUGUGUAACUGAAUCAUUAUCCGCCCUGCUUGCGCUCACGUAGACCAAUAGGAGAAAUAGAACAUGAAAAAGCGGACUUGCAAAUUCAUGGGGCAACCGGCGUAAAUCCAUGCAAGUGACAAAGAAUAUUCCAUUUAACAAAGGUUGGCAAUAACGCAAAGGUCUUCAAUAAAGCCCCUCGAUUGUGAUAAGUUUUAGGGUUGGAGUUGACACAUUCCCAAAGAUUCGGUUCUCGAGGAGAUCCAUCUUCUUUCUGUGAAAUGCAUCGCCAAUAAAGCAGCCGUUCAUUCAGGCUCGACAGAUAGAAGCUCUCAAUCAGCUCUGCGGCGUCUCUUCGUCCUAGUCCUUCGUGGCCUAGCGAAUUCUUCUCCGCUAAUCGCGCUACUGCUUCCUACAGUUAUCCGCUUGCGACCGCGGCUCGUUGAAGGAGAUCGAGUAGCAAGUUCUUCAGGAUCAGUUAUCUCCUCGCCUUCAACAAAGACCAUAUCACCGGUCGCGCCCAGGGAUUCAUUGGCGGCUUCUUCAAGCAGUAUUCCCAAUGCAAUCAGCGCCGUUUCGUCCAUACUCUGCCAAUCCGCAUGGCCCUGAUCAAGAGUUGCAUUGGCAUAAAAAUCGGAGGCGUAGGUGUGAAUCGCCUUCAGCAUAUCGGAGUCCGGUAAUCGUUGGUCAGACGGGAGACGCUCGUCGGCAAAGUAGAAGUCAUCCUCUGCGUAUAUUACGGGCGCAUUGACACGCCGGAAGAGUACUUCCUCUGGGGUAACGGGAACGGAGGAGGCGGACGGCGCAGAGUUCCGAUGGAGAAGAGUUUGAGGGCGGAACCCAGAGGAAGAGACGCGACCUGAAUGCCAUUAGUAGAUAGAGAUAGAGAAUGAGUGCGGGACGGGUUACAUACCAGCUACGGCAUCGUAAACAUUAGCUUGUCGCCUUGUACCGAUCCGACGCGGUAAUUCAUCCACCGCCUCUGCCUGAGGUAGAUCAUUUCGGGCAUUGCGACUCAUGGCAAGAAAUUCGCCAGAGACACAUCUCUCGAAUCAAAUCGUAGGCAUGACCAUAAAAGUUGAUGCCGGUCCGCUUGUGUGUUCUUUUGUUUUGUUGCACAUUGCGUUGUUCUCAACUAGAAGCUCUGCUUGGGACUGAUCCACGGGCCGAGAUUUUCUCCGAUCAUCUCCACUGAAUAUAGUUAAUCCACUCUAUCUCAACGUAUCAGUCUUGCGGAAAUUCUUCAACGGUGAAAAUGGGGCAAUAUUCGUGAAUGUAAAACACUCUGAUGAAUGAAUUCGUAUCUGUUGAAUAGAUCCCAAGGAUCUGUCAGCUCCUCCGCGUUCCAUGUGGCCCACAAUGCCCACCUCAUCCGGUCAAUUGAGCCUGCGCCGGGUCUCAGGUUUUCUAGCCACCCCGCAGCUCCUGCUCUGAACCAGGGAGAAAGUGAACCGACGGAGGAUGGCUGGAAGGGUGAGGAACAAGACGAGCUUCGGGCCCAUAAAGCAGGCGUAAAUGUUCUGACAAUCGAUCAAUAUGAAAAGCGCUUCAUGGUCUCUGGUGGAGCGGAUGCGUCUGUCCAUCUCUGGGAUUUGGAGACUCGUGGAUCCGAGUCAAGCCAUCUUUAUAAAUCCAUUGCUUCAGUGACAAAAUCAACAGACCCAUCGGCACAUACACACGCAUUAACUUCCAUUUCGAUAUAUCCCUUCGACCCGACUCCGUCAACCAUAUUAACUACUUCCCAUGACACCACUCUAAAGUUAUCUUCGCUUCAAGCUCCUACGAUAGUCCCAGUCUAUACAUUUUCACUCCACUCAACUCCGUACUCACAUUCAUUCUCGUCGCAUCCAUCGUCGCUACUUUUGACUGCUGUAGGAACCUCAGAUAAAACCGUAAGGCUACUAGACCUUCGUUCCGGCCUUGCCACCCACGCUUUACCAGGCCAUAGUGCCGCUGUCCUAUCGGUUUCCUGGGCACCGCAUCAUGAGUAUCUGCUAGCAUCUGCCUCAAAUGAUAACCGAGUCAUCCUUUUUGAUGUCCGGCGAGGAGGACAUAAUUCCGCCCUUGCUUCGCUGGAUAUGGAUGAUGCAGUCGGCGUAAUUGCCCCGCACGAUGCGCCCUCUUCCUUCUCCUGCCGUAAUCCAUUUGUGCCUGGCGCCCGUGCACAUAACGGGGCAGUGACGGGCGUGCGAUGGACAUCAAAUGGCUCCCACAUAAUCACUUCAGGCCAUGACGCCCGCAUUCGAGUCUGGGACGCUUCCACAGGCGCAAAUUCGCUGGUCCAUUUUGGCCCGCGCAUCCGCAAUAGUUCCUCGCUGCAUCUCGCUGAAAGGGCACCACUAGUUUUACCCAGUGAUAUCACAGGUGCGGUGCUUGAUACACUACUAUGGCCGAACUACGGCGAUCAGGACGAUAGGGGGGAGAUCUUCAUGUUCGCGCUUCGGGAUGGUACAUUUAUCAAGCGCCUGAAUGUGCCCGGCGUACCGAGCUCACGGCAGAAGAUGCGAGGAAAGCCCACAGCUCUUAGCGCUGCGCGAAUAAAUGGCCUUGCAUGGCGCGGGAGCGGAGGGUCCGGCGAAGGGAUGGAGUUGUUUUCUGCCCAUGGAGAUGGGACGAUUAGGGCCUGGGUCUCCAGAACUGCGGAUGAGGAACAUGAGAUCGCCGAGGAGGAGGAGGAGAUGGAGGACAAGAAGAGGAAAAGAGAUGUUCUGGACGAGGUGUACCGUGGCUUGAUGAACCGGAAUGUCACUUUCACUUGAUUCACAAUGGGGGAAACACGGGUCAUUUUCUAGUUAUGGCAUAUGCACUCCGUAACGUAACAUUGGUUAGAAUAAUUUGUUAUUAAUUCGGAGGAACAUGAUACCUCAGGUGGCAGAAAAGGGAAUGUUGUGGAAUAAUGCAUUGUCCCGCUCCUGAACCUUUCUUUCCUUUCUUUUGUUUCAACGGAGAUCUACCACUGAUUCCAUCAAUUCCCACACACCCCAGGGCCUGACUGACCUGGGGAUCUCAUCGCCGCCACCACCACCACCAUCCCCUGCACCCAAAAAUAACAUCAGAACGAGGCUUGCAUUAAUAAAAACUUGUCCAUGUUCAUGCACUAUCUUAUUGAUGUACAUGUAAUGUACAUGCACACGUACCCUCCUUCCUCCUCAAGCAACUAA